ACAACCACAACAGCCGAGGCAACAACCACGACUGCAGCUCCAACAACCACAACAGCCGCACCAACAUCCACUACUGCAUCUCCCACAACCACAACAGCGGCACCAACAACCACAACAGCAGCACAAACAACCACAACAGCAUCACCAACAACCACAACAGCCGAGGCAACAACCACGACCUCAUCUCCAACAACUACAACACCGACUCCACAAACCACAACAGCAACAACCACAACAGCCACACCAACAACCACGACUGCAGCUCCAACAACCACAACAGCCGCACCAACAACCACGACUGCAGCUCCAACAACCACUACUGCAUCUCCCACAACCACAACAGCGGCACCAACAACCACAACAGCAGCACAAACAACCACAACAGCAUCACCAACAACCACAACCACAACAGCAGCACCAACAACCACGACUGCAGCUCCAACAACCACAACAGCCACACCAACAACCACGACUGCAGCUCCAACAACCACAACAGCCGCACCAACAACCACGACUGCAGCUCCAACAACCACUACUUCAUCUCCCACAACCACAACAGCGGCACCAACAACCACAACAGCAGCACAAACAACCACAACAGCAUCACCAACAACCACAACAGCCGAGGCAACAACCACGACUGCAUCUCCAACAACUACAACACCGACUCCAACAACCACAACAGCAACAACCACAACAGCCACACCAACAACCACGACUGCAGCUCCAACAACCACUACUGCAUCUCCCACAACCACAACAGCGGCACCAACAACCACAACAGCAGCACAAACAACCACAACAGCAUCACCAACAACCACGACUGCAUCUCCCACAACCACAACAGCCGCACCAACAACCACGACUGCAUCUCCAACAACCACAACAGCCGCACCGACAUCCUCUACUGCAUCUCCCACAACCACAACAGCGGCACCAACAACCACA